AUGAGCAACCCAAGUGUGUUCUUCAACAUUGUGGCUGAUGGCAAGCCCGCCAUGGUCAACCCAGUCGUGUUCUUCAACACCGUGGCUGAUGUUCUGGACUUGAGCGACCCCUUCAGCACUGAGGUGAAGCCCAGAAUCCUGCUCAUGGGUCUCAGAAGGAGCGGCAAGUCGUCCAUACAGAAAGUUGUCUUUCACAAGAUGUCCCCGAGUGAGACCCUGUUCCUGGAGAGCACCAACAAGAUCUGCCGGGAAGACGUCUCCAACAGCUCCUUUGUCAACUUUCAGAUCUGGGACUUCCCAGGGCAGAUUGACUUUUUUGACCCGACCUUUGACUACGAGAUGAUCUUCCGGGGAACAGGGGCGCUGAUCUUUGUCAUCGACUCCCAGGAUGACUAUAUGGAAGCGCUAGCCAGGCUCCACCUCACAGUGACCAGAGCCUACAAAGUGAACACUGACAUUAACUUCGAGGUGUUUAUUCAUAAAGUGGAUGGUCUGUCGGAUGAUCACAAAAUUGAAACCCAAAGAGACAUUCACCAGAGGGCCAACGAUGACCUUGCAGAUGCUGGCUUAGAAAAAAUUCACCUGAGCUUUUAUCUGACAAGCAUUUAUGACCAUUCAAUAUUUGAAGCCUUCAGUAAAGUGGUUCAGAAACUGAUCCCACAGCUCCCGACGCUGGAGAACCUGCUGAAUAUCUUUAUCUCAAAUUCCGGAAUUGAAAAGGCAUUUCUGUUUGAUGUGGUCAGUAAGAUUUAUAUUGCAACUGACAGUACUCCAGUGGACAUGCAGACUUACGAGCUGUGCUGCGAUAUGAUCGAUGUGGUGAUCGACAUCUCUUGUAUUUAUGGUCUCAAAGAAGAUGGAGCAGGAGCCCCGUAUGACAAGGAGUCCACAGCCAUUAUAAAGCUGAAUAACACAACGGUUCUUUAUUUAAAAGAGGUCACAAAGUUCUUGGCGCUCGUUUGCUUUGUCAGAGAGGAAAGCUUUGAAAGAAAAGGUCUUAUUGACUAUAAUUUUCACUGCUUCCGGAAGGCCAUCCAUGAGGUGUUCGAGGUGAGAAUGAAGAUGGUGAAAUCUCGAAAAGCCCAGAGUCGCUUACGGAAGAAGAAAGGAGCUACUCCUAACGGGACUCCUCGCGUGCUGCUGUAGGGGGGCUGUCAGGAGCCUGAGCCCACGCGUGUGAUGGGGGUGCUGAGCCACACUGCCCCUCGGGAAGGAGAAGCCUGCGACACUGACGUAGAUUUGUUCAAGACAAAAGAAAGUACUCCCUUUUUAAAAUAAAAUGAGCACUUCGAAGCAAAAACCUGUACAGUAACAAUAAA